AUCAAGUAUUGAAAAUUGGAACAAAACCACCAGUCUACCGAAUGACAAGUCAGAAUGCAUACCGGCCUGGAAUGAUAACCUCGUAUGCAACUGCCAAGAAUAUUACACUGGUGGAAAAAGGCAUCGAGACCGCGGAUAUCUUCAUGACCAGAGGUUUUAUGCCGUUGUCUGAGUAACAGGACUUCUGAGGAUGUUCAAAGACAGAGCUGAGACUAUACGUCAAACCUUCUUAGGGAAAAUAUUACUAUACUGACAACGACUUCCAAAUUAUUGCUAAUGACUGAACAACUCAUCCUGAAUCACUGAGUUUUGCCUUUUCCAGUCACCACGAAUAGGUCAGGUGAAGGAUACUCGUCUGGAAAUUGACUUGAUAUCAUUACCGGUACUCAGAAACAAAACAAAGAUGGGAACUUUCGAUGAUAUUCUUGUUCAAAUCGGACAGUUUGGCCGCUACCAGAUUAUGCUGUCCUUUCUGCUGUGCGCUUCCUUCAUCUCAACGGGAUGGCACACCGUCUCCAUCGUGUUCAUUGGGGCACACAGAGACCACUGGUGCCGUGUCCCGGGGUUGGAGGGACUGAAUGAGACCCAGCGACGAAGCCUGGUCGAGCCGGCGUACUGCGGACCUAAUAUCAAAGAAGACGUUUGUCGACAGUGCUACAGGAAUGUCCUCAAUAUUUCAAGUAUUAGCCUGUUAGAGCUGACAUCAUGGAACACAUCGGGACCUCUGAACGCAAGUCGAGAGAUUGAGAAGUGCGACUCCUGGGAAUACAGCUCAACAGAGUUUACAUCAACAUUGCUCAAUCAGUAUGACCUCGUGUGCGACCGCGACUGGCUCACCUCCAUGCUACAGACAAUCUACAUGGCUGGCUACCUGGUCGGCUGCCUGUUCUUCGGAACUAUAUCGGACAGGUACGGCCGUUUGACCGCUUUCCUUAUCGCAUUAGGAUUGGAACUUGUUAUAGCUGUUUCAGAGAUCUACAUCCCCUUCUAUUCAAUGUUCGCUGUCUUUAGAUUUCUGCUCGGGGCGACUGCUGGAGCUGCCUAUACGUGCGCCUACGUUUAUGUCCUCGAGUUGACCGGCCCCCGGUACCGCGCCGUCAUCGGCGUCUUCGGCCAGUGGGGCUUCGACGUGGGAGUGUUCCUCUCUGUCGCAGUUGGCUAUACCGUGAAGGACCAUAUCAACAUGCAGUGGAUAUUCGCGGUGCCGCCAGUUAUAUUUCUAGUAGCAAAAUUGUUGGUCCCAGAGUCGCCGCGAUGGCUUGUCACCAAAGGCCGGUUCGAGGAGGCCGAGGUAUUCCUGCGGAAGGUUGCCAAGAUCAACCGGCGGCAAUUCCCGGAGAACACCAAACUAGAGUCAUUCAUUGACCACAGUGCCAACGAUGAUGAGAAGGCCACAAGUGCGUUGGAUUUGUUCAGGACUCCGAAUAUGAGGAGGCGGUCGUUGGUAUCAUUUUACGUGUGGUUCUCCGCCAGUGCAGUAUACUACGGCCUAAUGCUCGGUGACCGCGGGUUUGGCUUCAGCAUUUAUGCAAAUGUUGCCCAGAGUGGAGCGGCGGCCAUUUUGGCAUAUUUCGUCUGCGUGAUUCUCUACAACAAAAUCGGCAGAAGACUUGGAAUCAUGUCAAUGUCGGUGACCGCUGGAGUCUGCAUCUUUAUAUGCAUUCCCUUGUUAAAUAUGAAGCAUUUAUAUCCCCUCCUUUUCACAGUAUCUUUCCUGGGGAAGAUCGCUAACUGUGCUGGUUUCCACGGGGCGUACCUCCAUUCGUCGGAGUACUACCCCACCGUGGUCCGAAAUGUCGGAGUCGGCUGUGGUUCGAUGUUCGCCCGGGUAGGAGGACUAGUGGCGCCACAACUCGUCAGGCUGGCGAUAGUCUGGCAGCCUCUGCCCGCCAUUAUCCUUGGGGUCGUUGCCAUCACUGCUGGACUCUCCAACCUCCUCCUACCAGAAACACUGAACAAAAAACUGCCAGAAACUAUAGAAGAUGGAGAAAACUUUGGCACGAAAAAGCAAAAAGACGAAGAUGCAAACACUGAGAUGUUGAAUUACUCACCUGCCUCAAAUGGGACUCAGAAAGCAUGAAAAUUGCUAAAUGUCAACAAGAAUUGGAAUUCAUUUUCUUGAGAUUAUUGAACGGCAGGAACUAUAGCCCACCCGAAAUGCACGCUACAUGUAACUGUUCACGAGCUCAGUAUAAGGUGAUGCAGCUGGUGCCGUUUUCGUGAAAUGCAAAGAUAUUACACAAAGCUCAAUAACAAAGGUGCGCAGAAAUAAUUAAUUGAUUGUUGGAUAAUGUAAAAUUGUCAGUAGAUAUAGGACAAUUAGAUUAUUAAGGACAAUUUGUACACCAAGAAGUCGAGGAUAUACUAAGUUGUUCGAGGUUGGAUAUAACUUAUGUUAUCAUCUUCAUCAAACAGAUCGAGCCGCGAUGGUCUAAAGGUUAAUGACGCCCGCCUAACAUUACCAAGCAGCAGGUCCCGGGUUCAAUCGGGGGCCAUUCGGGCCAAAAACCCACGCUCUUUUCGUCCGUCUGAUGGGACAGUAUAAAUUAUUUUAGCUUGUUCCGUGGUAUCUGAUAUCUAUGCCAGGGCGACUGCAGACCCUGCACGGGUGUGGACAGGGGCCCUAGUGGACUCCUCUACGCGCAGGCCAACAGGCUGUGCCUUUGACAUAUUGUUUAGUGAUAACCAUAGCGGAAUACUCCACGUCAGGACGAGCUAUCUCGAUCAUUUUGUUCACCUCAUGUACUUCAUCUAAUACUUCAUAAUGUUUGCCACAACCACACAAAUAAACG